ACGCGUCGACCGGGUCGACCGGCGGUGGCUGCUCCCGGGGAGGCUCCGCGACUCGAGACGAGGGCCGCUCGGCCUCGGGGUCAGGUAAACGCCGACUCGAUCGAAGCCGUGGGCGUCCUAACCUCCGUUCGUCCCUUGGAGCGAGGAAAGCCGGCCUCGGACGAGUCGUCCUUUCCCAGGGUGUGCCGAAGGACGCACCUCGCGAGAUUCGAGGUGUGGCCCCUCGCUCGCGCAUCCCUCUCGGCUCCUGGUUGCCUCGCUGUCGGGACGCGGUUUUUCCAUUCAUCGGUCUCGCGGGGAUCGGGAGGUCCGAUAUGAGCGCGAACGACUCGGAGGCGAUAUCUCUGGCGACCCCGUCGGCCAUCCACGUGGGACCCAUCGUCACGCCGGGAUCCAACGAGACCAUCUCCAUCGUGAUACCCCUGUCGGCCCAGCUGACGACCGUGACCAACGAGGGGAACGAGAAGCCCUGCAAGGAGUCUCGGGCCCCGACUUCAGCGCGAACCUCCGGCUCCGCGACGCCGGCGAUGACGACGGCGACGACGACCAUCAAUCCCACCUGGAGAUGGGGCAAUCCCACGAAGGGCUGCCCCUUCCCCACGUGCACCCGGUACGGCAGGGCCUUCUCCAGGGCGCACGACCUCAAGCGGCACAUGGCCCGUCACGAGAUGAGGAAGGAGAGGCUCUCGGAGGUGGUGAAGGUCGAGGUGCACAGCUGCACCGACUGCGGGGCCAACUUCAUGAGCGAGGCUGUCCUCCGGAAGCACUCCCAGACCCACGCCCGACCGGGCAGCGCCGAGGACUCGAGCGUCGACGCCCGGCCGUAUCCUUGUCGCAUCUGCAAGAAGAAGUACACCCACGAGAGCAAGCUGAAGGCUCACCUGUCGAUCCACGACAAGCAGAGGGCGGCCCACAAGUGGUGCGCCCUGUGCGGCGUCCGCUUCGACAAGGACGAGCAGCUCCUCGAUCACGUCAAGGCCCACGUGGUGAACGCCCAGCAGGCGCAGGCGGCCUCGGAGAAGUCCGGCGCGACGACGACGACGACCACGACGACGACGGCGACGACGGUGCAGGUCAAGCGCGAGGAGGAGGCCGACUUCAACCUGGAGGAGAUGCUGCUGCUGAACAAGACCUCGAGGGCGCCGGGCUCGGCGAAGGCGAACUCCGCGAAGCCCGACGCCGAGAAGAUCCGCUGCGACUACUGCUCCAAGACCUUCAAGACCAAGUGGACGCUCGGCUCGCACGUUGCCGCCCACGAGGGCAGGUACCAGUACGAUUGCAAGCAGUGCGGCAAGAAGUUCGUGCGGAAGAGCCACUUCGAGGGCCACGUGCGCUCGCACGAGGCCGCCCGGCCCUACGUCUGCGACCAGUGCGGCAAGACCUUCAAGGAGCUCAAGCAUCGGCGGGAGCACACCAAGAGGAAACACCCGGGCAACCACAACGCCAUUCAGAAUCUGCUGGACAGUAUAAGCGCCUGUGUCAGCGAGGAGUCCUCGGUCGAGCAGGCCAAGUUCACCCUGCUGAUGCCGAUGGACUUCAGCGUUUAGGGCGUACCCAUGCCUCGUCUUGGGGACUCGACGGAGCGAACGAGAGGGUAACGGGGGCGAGUCCGACGCGGGAAAGCACCCGGGGUACGACGCGCUCGACGUUCCCGGUUACCCUCCGACCUCGCCUCGCGAUCGUGCCUCUUCUCCGAGCUUGAAACGACCCGGGGUCGUACCUCGUGCAGUGACUAGAACACGACUAUGAAUUUAACGGGCGAGAAAUAACUCUGCUCGUUCACCGCGUGGACGAGCCGUAAAAGUCCUGCUUUGCAGUGACCGCGACAGUGGACGAUAUGGCUACUUUUUCUUCUUCCUUUCUCCCCCUUUACUUUUCCUCUAUGUCUGGGAAAUCGUGAAACGUACCCGAAGCGUUCCGCAGAUUUCCAGGUGUUGACGAAAAUCGAAGAGAAAGAAAAACUGGAUAGACGUUACGAAGGACGCUACCUUCACUCGGCCGGCGAACGAGACUCGUAACGUUAUUCCGUAUCUGCGUCGGAUUUCAAAUCUGUAUACAUAUAGAUAUACAUAUAUAUAUAUACAAAUUAUGAUUUCGAAAAAGUCUGUAUAAAUGUAUAUUUUUAUCAAUGCAAUACUCCCCGCGCCGGGGCGCGCGGGAAUAAACACCUCGGAAGAAACGAA